GAAACGCAACAUAGAUGAAGACGACCACGGGGGAGAGAGAGAGAGAGAGAGAGAGAAAGAGGUGAUGAGAAGACAAGAGGAGGAGAAGAAGAAUGGGGAAUGAGGUGGGGAAAGCGGUGAUAGUGAUGAUAUGUGGGAGCCUCGUCUAUUACCACUGCGCCUUCCGCAAUUCUAGCCUCCUCUCCCUGCUUUCCGAUGUCCUUAUCGUCCUCCUCUGCUCCCUCGCCAUUCUUGGCCUCUUCUUUCGCCAAUUGAACAUUGCGGUUCCGGUGGAUCCGCUGGAGUGGCAAAUCUCUCAGGAUGCCGCUAAUAGCAUAGCGGCCUGCCUGGCUAAUACAGUUGGGGCUGCUGAGUCCGUUCUGAGGGUUGCUGCUACUGGCCAUGACAAGAGAUUGUUUCUCAAGUUACAUUUGUUUAUAAGUUCUGAGAAGUUCUGUAGUAGGAGCAGAUUUUUAUGGAUGUUGGGCACACGUCAUCUCUCCCCAUUAGAUGCUGAUGAACAUGUGGUUGUCUGCCUAUAUAUACUAUCGGCUAUAGGGAGACUGCUGUCAGGUGUAACAGUGGCGUAUGCUGGGUUGUGCUUGUUCUGUCUCUACAUGCUGGUUGAGAGCUUUCCAUCAAGCAAUAGCAGCAUUUCACGGCUCUGGAGAAGUGGUGGUGCUGCAGCGGAGCAAGAUAACCCUUAGCCUACUGCUGUGAUAAUGUUCCUGUAAACUCAUCUGUUGUAUUUUUGUACACUAGACUCUUCUUCUAUAAUUAGAUUCUAUUUAUUCAGUGAAGCCAUUCCAUAGAUCUUGUUUUAUGUACCUAUGUACUUUUGGGUGAAUGAAGACGGCUGCCUGAAGGCGGACUUAAGAUUGAUGGAAAAA